GUGAAACAAGUUCGCAGGUAGAGCCAGUGAACACAAGGCAGGUCUAUGUUGUGCAGUAAAGGGGGUGGAAUCAAAAAAGUGGUCACGUAUUUGACAGAAACUUUCAAUAAAGACAUUUUAACUCAGAAGAUUCAUGAGCUAGCUCUUCUAAAUAAACAACUUCGCUUCCAGUUGCUCGCGGAAAUCUAUGGACUCCGGACCGCGAUACGAACAGUGUGUUGAGGGUUCUUUCAUUUCAGUUGCAUGUCCGAAUAAGUCUCAAUGGGCUUUGUGUCAGAUCAUCAACGUAACAACCGAAGUAAAAGAUAAUCAGCCUUACAGAACAAGUGAAAAAUUAAAUGGAACUGAACGUGAAACAAUAAAAUGGCCUGACACACAUUACAACCUGUAUAUUGGAUUGGCCUUAGCAGUCACCUCCAGUCUCCUGACAGGAUCCAGUUUUAUACUAAAGAAGAAAGGUCUCUUGCGAGUGUCUGAGAAAGGAAUUACCAGAGCUGGGCAAGGAGGAUAUGCCUAUCUAAAAGAGUGGCUGUGGUGGGGAGGACUCCUCUCUAUGGGUGCUGGGGAAGCUGCUAACUUUGCUGCCUAUGCUUUUGCACCUGCUACACUGGUUACACCAUUGGGUGGGCUAAGUGUUCUUAUAAGUGCCAUUCUUUCAUCGUACAUUUUAAAUGAGCGACUGAACAUUCAUGGCAAGUUAGGGUGUACUCUGAGCAUUGUAGGAUCAACAAUAAUUGUGAUCCAUUCGCCAGAAGAGGAAGGAAUCAAUUCUUUGCAUGAGAUGGAAGAAAAGCUGAAAGAGACAGGCUUCCUUACAUUUGCCAGCAUAAUAAUCAUUGUCUCUGUGGUGCUGAUUAUCUUUGUUGCUCCCAAACUAGGACCAACUAAUAUACUGGUCUAUAUCUCCAUUUGUUCAUUGAUUGGAGCUUUUUCUGUAUCAUCUGUGAAGGGACUGGGUAUUGUCAUAAAGGAACUGCUGGAAAAGAAACCAGUCAUCAACAAACCACUGAGCUGGAUUCUACUUGGUACUUUGAUCAUAUCCAUCAGCACGCAAAUCAAUUAUCUAAACAAAGCUCUCGAUACCUUUAACACUGCUAUAGUGACUCCUAUUUACUACGUAUUGUUCACUACUAUUGUCAUAAUUUGCUCAGUUAUCCUUUUCAAAGAAUGGAAUAAUGUGGAAAUUAAGGAUGUCAUUGGGAUUAUAAAUGGAUUCUGUACCAUAAUCUUGGGCAUCUUUUUACUUCAUGCUUUUAAAGAUGUACAAUUCACAUGGGAACAAUUAAUAUCUCUUAUUAAAAAAAAUGCAAACACAGAAACAAAUGGAUUUGGUCAGGACGACCACCAUGCAUUACUGGACAAUGCGGACACGGAUAGCCCAUCUGCCAUUUAUGAUGGUGAAAUGAAUCUCUUCUUUAACAGAAGAAAUGUUGGUUCCAGAGAGUGUUCUCUCCUACAAUAACAAUGCACAGCAUUCUGAGGAAUUAAUUUGUAUCCCAUCAAAGAAUACCAUUAUCUUUAGAUUGCUAUUAAAUUAGAAUCAUUAUCUUUGAUGGUAUUCACUUAUAGGAUGUACAGUCUAUUUUUGAUUUCAAGAUUGUUUUUGCACUAAAAAAGUUUUCCAAAAAUCCUAACAAAUGUGCUCAAGUUCAGAUAACUUGAAUUUGACCAUAUUUGAUUUGAGUAAUAGGUUUCUUUCAGUGCGAGAUGUUUACUUCAGGAUUCACACAACAGGAACUGAUGUAAAAUGUAAAUACUUGUUCUUCAGAUAAUGUGACUCUAGUGUUUGUUGGUCUGUACAGUCAAAGUGAACUCUUGCAUGGCAGUAUAAUGAUUAAAAUCCAGAAUGCAAGGUAGCUGUUAAGAUAAUUGUACUGUAAGUAUCUAGCUUUUUAAAACUCUGACAGCACAUUUUUUUUAAAUAAACUAAAUCUUUGUAUUUGAUCACUGUAUGGCAUUUGACAUUGAUAUUUAUCAAUUUAUAAUAAAAGCACAACACUCUGAA